GACGAUCACUCUGACAUGUGAGGUGCAGGAAGGAGGUGAAACCACUGAGUGGGAGUAUGGAUGGAGAGGACCCAGGACACCCCCACAGUGGACACACAAUAAUGAUGUGACAUUCAGAGUUUCUGAGUCCAGCAGUGGAGACUACAUGUGUAAGAGUCGACGCAGAGAUGACUCAUAUUCUUCAACAGAGUGGAGUGAAGCCUUCACAUUGUCAGCAUCAAAUAAACCAAAGGCCAAACUGAGAGCUGAUAACACAACUGUUCCAGUAGGGGGCAGUGUGACCCUGACCUGCUCUGUGAACCCAUCAUCAUCAUCUGGAUGGAAAUACUACUGGUACAGAGAUAAUACCACAGUGGAUGUUGUCCCCACAUCAAAUGGACAAAUCAGUGUCUCACAGGAAGGACUCUACAGGUGCAGAGGAGGAAGAGGAAACCCAGUUUACUACACAGAGGACAGCCAAGAAAUUCAGAUUAACACAACUGAAUUUUCAUCUCCUGUGUGGUUGAUGGUUGGACUGGUUUGUGGAGUCUCUCUCAUUAUUAUUCUCCUGCUCUUGUUGUAUCGCUGCAGACAGUCCAAGUGUGCAGAUAAACCCCCAGAUGUCAUUUACUCUAAUAUUGAACUGGAAAACUUUGGAAAUAAGUGGAAGCAUCAUAAACCAGAGCAGAGUGCUGUUUACUCUGAGGUGAAGACGGGAGCUGCAGAGGACAGUCUGAUGUAUGCUGAGGUCAAACAGCCCAAAAAAGAAAAAGCCAAGAAAAACAAAGGAAAAUCAAGUCCUGCAGCUGAUGCAGCAGUUUAUUCUGAAGUCACAUCAGGAAGCUCUCUCAGUCAGUGAGGAGAGCUGUAGCAGCAAAGCCAAGAAGAAGCUUUUUAUGAAGCCACUCUUGCUCCUCUGCUGCCCAAAUAUCAGACAUGCUCAGCUUU